GUAAGCUCUUCUUUGCAGGCAAAUGUCACUCAAAUAGAAGUUAACGUCCCACAUAAGCAUCACAAUGCUGUGAUUGGUGCCAAGGGUCGACUCAUUCGCUCCAUCAUGGAUGAGUGUGGUGGAGUUAGCAUCAAAUUCCCGCCAGAGGGCAGUAACAGUGAUAAGGUCCUCAUCCGUGGACCCAAGGAUGAUGUUGAAAAGGCCAAGAAACAACUUCUUGAUCUUUUGAAUGAAAAGGAAACUAACAGUUACACCCUUGAGAUCCGUGCAAAGUCACAGCACCAUCGCUUCCUGAUUGGCAGAGGAGGGGCCAACAUCAAGAAAGUUCGGGAAAAUACUGGCGCAAGGGUUGUAUUCCCAACACCAAGUGAUGAAGACAAGGAACUGAUUACAAUCAUUGGAAAGAAAGAAGGAGUUGAAGCAGCCAAACAAGAACUUCUGAAAGCCAUUAAAGAUCUGGUACGAAGAGUGCUUUGAUUGAAAUAUCAAAUA